GCGUUGUUUUUUCCCGCCCGGCUUCAUUAUUGAUGGCAUCGGGCCGGUAAUGCGGAAGCAUGUGUGAACGUUUCGUUACAAAAGGUGGCCGCGGCCCGCGCUGACGGGGCAGACCGGCCGGACCCAGCCGGACAGCCGGACGGCCGCUCGGUACUAGAGUAGAUUCACUUAGAAAAAAAAAAUUAAAAAAAAAUUGGCGAAAGUUCGGUCGGGCGGCAAACGAACGAAGUUAGUCGGUCGCGGGGCGCGAGUGACGGCGGCGGAGUCAGGCGCGGUCUCACGCGCGGCGCCCACCGUGUGUUGUUGUGUUGCCGGACGUUGACUCGGGACUUUGUUGAUGUUUUGUUAAUUUGUUGCUUACAUGCUGAGCCGGCCCACCGACCAGAUAAAUUAUUAUACAGCAGCUGAGCGGGGCGUCACUAAUUUUAAGAUCUAGAACACACAUGUCGCGCUAACCAUGGUGGACACACAGCACUUCUGCCUGCGGUGGAACAACUACCAGAGCAGCAUCACCACCGCCUUCGAGAAUCUCCGCGAUGACGAGGACUUCGUGGACGUGACGCUCGCCUGCGACGGCAAAAGUCUCAAAGCGCAUCGGGUUGUAUUGUCAGCAUGCAGCCCCUACUUCAGAGAACUACUCAAAUCGACGCCAUGCAAGCACCCCGUGAUAGUGCUGCAGGACGUGGCCUUCACGGACCUGCACGCGCUGGUGGAGUUCAUCUACCACGGGGAAGUCAACGUGCACCAGCGCAGCCUCUCCUCCUUCCUCAAGACCGCUGAGGUGCUGCGCGUCUCCGGUCUCACGCAGAACGAUGACGCCCAGGGGCCGAUCCUGCAGAGCCUGGCGCGCGCGUCCACCGCCGCCCCCUCCCCGCACACGCCGCCCCACCCCGCGCACACCCCGCUGCCAGCGCACCCCCCGCACACCCCGCACCCGCCGCUCACGCCCUCCUACACGGAGAAGCUGGAGGACGCGCUGCUGUAUCCGCAGCGCCGCGUCACGCUCCCGCCGCGCCGGCUGUCGCGCGCCGAGAGCUCGCCGGACAUCAAGCGGGCGCGCCACGACAACAACAACGACCAGAUCCACGACUUUUCCACGAAGGGCGCCGUCAACAACAACGGCAACGGCGUCAGCAAUAGCAGCUCGUCGCCGUCGCCGCGACUGAUGGACGAGGUGAAGCACGAGCCGCUCGACAUGUGCCCGCCGGACGCCGAGCGCGAUGACACGCCGCCGCACACGCAUCACAGGCCGCACGGAGGCGGGCCGCCGUCACGCGGCAGCUCGGCCGAGGCGGACGACCGCACGCCGCCGCCGCUGCCGCACCCGCCCUUCAUCUCGCCCGCGGAGAAACUCUUCGGUCCGCAGCACAACUUCAGCUACUCAAUGUCGCCGCUCACUGACGCCUCGCUGGCCGGUAACUACCCUUGUCUGCCGAGCCCCCUGGCGCCGGACGGCAUGGCGAGCACGUCGCAAGCUAUUCCGCCCCUCCGUAUGCCCCCGCCCACCGCCGGCGGGAUCAACGAGCCGCAGGAGUGUCCCUACUGCCGCAGGACAUUCUCCUGCUACUACUCCCUGAAGCGACACUUCCAAGACAAGCACGAGCAGUCGGACACGCUGUACGUGUGCGAGUUCUGCCACCGGAGGUACCGCACCAAGAACUCGCUGACCACGCACAAGAGCCUGCAGCAUCGCGGCUCCAGUGGCAUGCUGAAGCGCCUGCUGAAGACGUCGGCGCUGCACUCGGCGCUGGCACCGGCGCCGCACCACCUGUUCGACCUGGGCGAGCUGGGCGAGCGGCCGCAGCUGCCGCCUGGCCUGCAAUGACCUCAGACCACGGCCUGAACCGCGCCCGCCGCCCCGCGCCCUCCGCGCCCCGCGCCCUCCCACACCCCCGCGUGCAAUAUGGACGUCGCCGAAUGAACUCUGCCGCUCGCGGUGCUAAGUGUAUUAUAUCGGUAGUAAAUUGACGUUAGGUUAGACGAGAACAGUAUUGUCGCCCGGCCGCGCCCGCGCCGGUGCGCGCUCGACGACGGACUUCGCUUUACGCCGGCCCCCCUCCCCGGGGGGGGGACCGACGGUGUUCAAACGACAAUGUAUUAACAGAGCAAUACUAAAAUAUUAGUGUUUCUAGUGCUGCCAAAGUAUGCCAUCUAUAUUCUAAAGGCUAAAACUUUUUUAAAUAAUUUUUCGACGUGUCUAGUGUCAAAUUAGAUUUCGGUAGCUGUACAAAACGGAGCGUACAAAUUUUGAGCAGAAAAUAAAAAUAAAUUUAAAAAUAUUAAAAGAAAAUAUUUUUUAAUGAGACUUUUUUCGGAUCGCCAAAUCUAAAUUUAAAUACAGAUUAUUUAGAAAAUAAUUACCAUAUUAGAUUAAAAAUUAAAAGUGAUGACGAUGUGGAAUUAGACAUCGGAAUUUCGAGAGUACAAAAAUUUAACGUCUAAUUGAGCAAUAUAAAAUGUAUUUACGUGCGUCUGGCUUCAGUCAUACGCGAUCACGUGUAAGUAGCCGUGCCUUCGUUCGUCUUUACCGCGUAAUAUUGGUUUGAUCAACUCCCGAACUGACACAGAAUGAACAAUCAGAUGGCGAACGAAAAGAGUGGACUCGGUGGCCGACGCGGGGCCGUCGCCGGUAGCGGCGCUCGUUCUGAACUAGGCCGAGUUUCGUCUAAAUUAUACAAGACGAGCCUCGCUACCUGUGGCCCUCGGAACGCGUCGCCGUACGACGAGAUCCUUGAUACAGGGUUAUAAUAAGCGAGGAAUGUUAGUAGAUAGCGGCGCUGGUCAGGUGCGAGUAUUUCCGAACGUUAGAGUGUAAGCGCACCGCCGGGCCGAGCUGCGGCGUCGCCCCCGCGAGGCUCCCGGUUCCCAGCGAUGUGGUCGACGUCAGCCUAUACACUUUUUUAUGAUUUUGAACUCUAAUAUUUGUAGAUAUAUUUCACGUGGAACCCGGAGCCUAGCGCGUUAACAUAGGCGUUGUAUAUGGAAGUAUUUAGGAGUAUUUAAGGAGAGCGAACGACGCCGCAGCCGCCCCGGUGACUCGAGGACGAUCGUAUACGUAUUCAUGAUUUAAAAUCGUGUAACAGAUAUAUCGUUUCGUCUGUAAAACGUAGACAUUAGGUAUUCAUUAACAUAAUUAUAUUUAAAAUCUGUAUCCAUUCGGAUUUCUCUCUAUAUGUAUAGUGGUUUCUUAUUUAUAUGUCGACCAACGUAGCAGAUGUCUCGUUAUUGAAAAUUUAUUAGAUUAUAUUCACAAAAAUUCUUAGUAACCAUAAGAUGGCUGCAGAUGUAAAAAAAUAUAUUAUUUAAUUAUUAUAUAAUAGGUGAAACGCUUGGAACCGGACGACACCAGCCAGCGAAAUACAUAUCUCUUCAGGGUGUACCUUCUAAUUCCUAUAUCAUUAAAUCUGCAUUUAUACAGGAUAAGGAAAAGUAACAUAUCACAGAGUCAACUUAACGUAAUCGACCCGCAAAGUAUUUCUGCAGUGAUAGAUCACAAGCCAAAGAGAAUUAAAAUGGGGAUAUUUUUGCCGAUAACGAGCGAGCGAGUCGAACGAGAAUUAUCAAAAAUUGCCGAGCCACGGGUGGUUUUAAUAUUAAUUAUUACAAAAAAUAGACGAAAGUAAAAAUAUCCACGGUUUCCGUUU